AUGUCCAGUGAAGAUUCACGGCCAGGUCUCGUGUUGAAGUUAGUAAGUCGUUUACCUUUAGAAGCCAACGCCGGCGAUCUUUCCUUCUAUACUGAUGUUGCGACCACGCUAAAAGCUUGGGAAUUAGAAGUGCCCAUAAUUGGAACGUGCUUAAUGCGGAGAAGGGGGAAUGCUUCAAGUAGAAAUGGAUUGUGUGCAUCGAAACGACUUCUGACGCGAAACUGGUCUGUCCCUGCCUUCGCUGACUCCGACUUUUCGUCUAAUUUGAACUUGAACGCUGCCGCUAAAGACAGCAAUCUCCACUCUAGCGUGAGGAACACGAUGGUAGAGAAGGCAAGCACGGAUAAUUCACCAGGUGCACCACGAAUUCCACCCAGUUUUUUCGCUUUUACUGACUUUGACCGGUCCUUAGUAUCUCAAAAGGUGCCGAUAUCUUCAGUUUCAGCGGCUACGACGCCGAGCCGCACGACUGUGUAUCCCAUAGAUCGACCUCUACGAUCUGCAUCUCCUGCAACUCUUGUGGCGCUGACGGAACCGCUGCUGAUGUCGUGGUGCUUUGACAAUUCCUGGCUUGAGAAACACUUGUGA